AUGGCAGGUUUUGAGGGCAUGAAAGCAUAUUUUGGCUCAUAUGAUGGCCAGAUAAGAUUAUUUCGACCCAUGGAGAAUGUGAAGAGGUUACAAAGAACAGCAGAAAGACUGUGUCUACCUAGCUUUGAUGGCGAGGAAUUUAUCAAAUGCAUGGUCGAGUUGGUAAAACUCGAUAAAGACUGGGCUCCAAAAGAAGAAAACUGUUCCAUGUACAUAAGACCAACAUUUAUUGGAACUGGGCCAACACUUGGUGUUAACAAACCAAAAGAAGCGUUGCUAUACUGCAUUUUAUCUCCUGUUGGUCCAUAUUUUAAAACAGGCUCGUUUAAUCCAGUCACUUUAAUGGCCGAUGCGACAUACGUUCGUUCUUGGCAUGGUGGCUGUGGAGACUGCAAAAUGGGAGGAAAUUAUGCUCCGUCGUUAUACGUCCAAGACAAAGCACAUAAGAAAAAAUGUGAGCAGGUUCUCUGGCUUUAUGGUGAAGAUGAACAAAUAACUGAAGUUGGCACCAUGAAUAUAUUUCUUUUUAUUGAAAAUGAAAAUGGCGUGGCCAUCUUAAAGCAGUUUUUGUCAUUUUUUAAAAUAUGCAAGAUGUACCAUAACACCUAUUUAGAAGAUGAACUGAUCUCUCCUCCUUUGGACGGUCUAAUAUUACCUGGAGUGACACGAAAGUCGAUGAUUGAACUGGCGCACAAGUGGGUGAAAGAAAUAUUUGGCGCUGGUACGGCUUGCGUCGUAUGUCCUGUCAAAGAUAUACUUUAUAAAGAUGAGAUGCUUCAUAUACCAACAAUGGAAAAUGGUCCAAAGAUCGCCAGACGGUUUUACAAGGAACUUACUGAUAUUCAGUAUGGAAAAGUUUCCAGUCCAUGGGCAAAUGUUGUAAAUGAUUCAUCUGAUGAGAACGAAAAUUUACAAGCUAUGAGUCUAAAUUAG